AUGGAUGUUGCAUCUCUUUGCAUCUCUGUAAGUGUUUAUCUUACUGAUAGUUGCAUCUCUGCAAGUGUUUAUCUUACUGAUAGUUGCAUCUCUGCAAGUGUUUAUCUUACUGAUAGUUGCAUCUCUCUGGGAGGAGCAGCGUUUGGACACGGCCUUCGGUAUGAGGGCGAAGAUCCUAGAGGAGUGACUUCCAAGAGCUUGCAAGAGAAGGGUCAAGGAGGAAUGGAUGAGACACCCACACUCAAGGACCGCACUCAUGGUCCUCAGAGAAUCCCAGAAAGUAGUCUGAAGCAGGAAGGAAGACUGGUCCCCCACACUCAGGGCCCCCGCACUCAGGGCCCCCCACACUCAGGGCCCCCACACUCAGGGUCCCCCACACUCAGGGAUCCCCACACUCAGGGCCCCCCACACUCAGGGGUCCCCACACUCAGGGCCCCCCACACUCAGGGCCCCCCACACACAGGGCCCCCCACACUCAGGGGCCCCCACACUCAGGGCCCCCACACUCAGGGGCCCCCACACUCAGGGGCCCCACACUCAGGGCCCCCAUACUCAGGGGCCCCCACACUCAGGGCCUCCCACACUCAGGGCCCCCACACUCAGGGGCCCCCACACUCAGGGCCCCCACACUCAGGGCCCCCCACACUCAGGGCCCCCACACUUAGGGGCCCCCACACCCAGGGCCCCCACACCCAGGGCCCCCACACUCAGGGCCCCCACACUCAGGGUCCCCACAAUCAGGACCCCCACAAUCAGGGCCCCCACACUCAGGGCCCCUACACUCAGGGCCUCCCACACUCAGGGCCCCCACACUCAGGGCCCCGACAAUCAGGGCCCCCACACUCAGGGCCCCUCACACUCAGGGUCCCCACACUUAGGGUCCCCACACUCAGGGCCCCCACACUCAGGGCCCCCACAAUCAGGGCCCCCAGACUCAGGGCCCCCAGACUCAGGGGCCCCCACACUUAG